GACGUGCCUGUCUUAAUUGCACUGGAGCUGUAGAGCGCCACCACAACCUGGGAACGUCUGCCUUGCUGUGGAUGAUUCCAUUCGAGACAUUCGUAACUGACGCCUGUUUGUGUAAUCGGUGUACUUGGUUGAUCUCGGCUUGAUACAUACGAAUUUACAAAAGCGAAAAGAGUGUCGGCGUGUCUUGAUGCUGAAGGCGAUAGACAGCAGCGUACCAGAGCUGAUCGGGAGAACAAUGCGCCUCCGUCCUCCUCACAUCUAGAAAGACCCUUCACGAGCUCUCCUCAACCAAAGACCAUAUACACUACACAACGCCCACAAUGAAUACCGACGACUUCAACAGCGUCGCCGACUCGACAGAUUGGCUAUCGACACCACUCUCAGGUCUCUCCGCCGUUGAGGCCGCCCUCCGCUGCCAGGUCUGCAAGGAUUUCUAUAAAACACCCAUGCUCACAUCAUGCAACCACACCUUCUGCUCCCUGUGCAUCCGUCGUGCCCUCUCUACCGCAGGGAAAUGUCCGUUAUGCCGCGCCUCCGAGCAGGAGAUGAAGCUGCGAAGUAAUUGGUCCAUGGAGGAAGUCGUCGCCGCCUUCACACAGACUCGGUCUGCCGUUCUCGACUUUGCGACGAGACCGCCGCCGAGAGAAGACAUGUCGAAGCGAAAGGCAGACGACAUGGUGGCUAUAGAAGAUGGAGGAGAAGAAGAAGACAUGACACCGAGCAGCCAACGCUCGAGCAAGAGGCUGCGUUCCUCGGCGCGUCUCAGCAAGACUCGCAGCAUGGCCGCCACCGCCGAGAUAGCGCGCCAGGAAUCCCAUAUCCCAGAUCCCGAGCCCGAGCAACCCGAGCCCGAGCCUGAUGACGGCCUCGUCGCCUGUCCGAUCUGCUGGAGGCGCAUGAAAGCAAUCCUAGUAGACAAACACAUCGACACGACAUGUCCAGGCGAGCCACAACCACAACCAGCCCCGACUCCUCCAACACGGCGCAUUCCAGCUAAACCAACGAGUAUAACCGGGGCCUUCGCAUCCACCUCAUUAUCCACCAAGCCACCUCCCGAGCGCAUCCCGGCGCUGAACUACUCCAUGCUCAGAGACACACAGCUGCGCAAGGAACUUGCAGAUCUAGGCCUCUCGACGAGCGGGAACAGAGGCAUGCUAGAGCGGCGCCACCGCGAAUGGGUCAUGAUCUGGAACGCAAACUGCGACAGUCAGCGGCCGCGGCGACGCGCAGAUUUACUCCACGACCUCGACGUCUGGGAGCGCACGCUGGGCUCGCGAGCGCCGACGACGUCCCGGUCCGCAGCCAUGGGUGCACAGAUCCGGGACAAGGAUUUCGACAGCGCGGCCUGGGCCGCGAAUAACGGAGACUCCUUCCGGGAUUUAAUAGCCAAUGCGCGGCGCACGCGGGCACAGGCCCAGAGUAAAUCCAAACCGGACGAGGUGAACAGGAAAGAAAAUAAUCCGAUCAAUAGGACAUCAGCUCCAGAUGAAUCUAGCACGACAGUAGUAAAGACGAUAGAAGAGCCGGAUGCACCGCCGAUAAGGCUAGAUACAGCCGAGAAGCCGGUCCUUGAAAUCGUAGACGAUCCGCCGACCAUGAGGCGCUUAGAAGGAGGGGAGAUGGCAAGCGGAUCAGCGGCAUCUAUAUAAGAGACUUCAUUUUUUCAUCUGAUGAUAAAUAUUACAAACUUAAUACUUACGUAGGUAAAACACCCUACAAUCAUCUCACGUGAAAUUUCGGUGGUAUAGAAGAGGAAUAUACUCGUGUGUAUG